UAAUAAUUCUUAUUGUGAUAAACUUUAUUCAUCUUGUUUUUAUUCUAAUAAAAAAUAUCAGGGAGUAUACUUAAACAAUUUCAUAAAUAAUAAUGCUGUAACGCAUCUGAUGGUAAGUUAAUUGAUUUGGUGCUAUUCUGUAAAAAUCGUUUUAUUCUUAGAGACAUUGCGAAAAUAUUCGCCACAUUCGCUGCAACGCGAGAUAUUAUCAAACUAUACUUUCAAAAAUACUAAUAUAACUGUGCCAAAGAAGCAGAAAGUUCUUAUACCUCUCUAUGCAUUUCAUCAUGAUACAAAAAUAUACCCUCAACCAGAAAUUUGUAAUCCAGAGAGAUUCAUCGACGAGAUUUCGCAAACCAGAAACUCAUUACUUUCCGUUUGGAUAUGGGCUAAGAAAUUGCAUCGGUGAACGAAUGGGUAUUCUUCAAGCCAAAAUUGGACUCAUUGGCAUUUUGCGAAAUUACAAAAUCGAUGUUUGCGAAGAGACCGUAACUUCAUACAGAUAUGUUAUAAACAGAUUUGUCACAGCGCCAAGUACAGAUAUAUUCAUUAAAAUGACAAAAGUAAACUAAUUCUUAUAUUGUUAUAUUGUCAUUUUUAUUAUAU